AUGGAUCAGAGUAAUUAAGACGAAGCUAGACAAUUUCAGUCAAAUAAGUUAAGAAACAAAAAUUUUAAUUAGAUUAUAUUGAAGGCAUUCUAAUCCUUUUAUAAGAGUGCAUUACUUAAAAUUGGAUUAAGCUUGCUCAGUAAUAAGCUAAAUGUUAUGAAAGUUUCAAAGCAAUAUAAAAAUAUAUUGAAAUUUGGAAUAAUGGCAGCAGCUUUUUCGUUCCUUUACAAUUUUUCCAGAUUUUUGAUGAGGAAAUUGCAAAUUGAUAUAAAAGAGGAUUAUUAGGUUUUUAUCUCUUCAUUGAUCAGUGGCUUCGCUCUAUUUCUUGCUGAAAGUAGAGAUAGAAAACUCUUAUAAAUUGCAAUAUACCCUAGAGCUAUUGAGGCACUCUACAGUCUUCUUAAAGAAUAGGGAGUAAUUAAACCAAUAAAACAUGGUGAAUAUAUAACCUGCGUAUUAGCAAUGAUUCUCUUAGUCUAUCUGUAUCUCUUUGAGCCCUACUGUGUCGGAGAAGGCUACGCUAAAAACCUUGACUAUUACUCAGGAGUAACCAAGGAUGAACUCAAGCUUUUCACAAUGGGCAGAGUAAUAAGCAAGAACAUGAUCAGAGAAAACUAUUAAAAUAACAAUUUACUAACAGUGUGA